AUGAGCGCCUCGGACCAGCCCGACGGGUCGGCACCCUUAGAAGAGAGCUCCAAUGCAUCGCAGAAUGAGCAGUACCAGGGCUUGCAGGAAGGAUCCCAUACGGAGCAAAAGCUGCGCCAUGCCUCCGCUCAUCAUUUAUACAUGACCAGUCGGCGUUUCUUUAUCGGACCAAUUCCGGAGGGUUGGAUUAACGGACACCGCAAGUCAUGGUAUCGGUCACGACUUCGGUUCAAGAACUACACAUCGCAGACGCUCUCGUUCUCAGUCGACCCUGUGACCUCUCAUUAUACCCAACCAGAAUUGGACCAUGCGGAGACCCCUGCGCGAGCUUCGGACGAAGAGGUCGCCAUUACACUGAGUAAUACCAAUGAGGAAUCUGCGACAGAAGAUGAAAGCGCCGAGGAUGUCCAGGAGAGCGCCGAGGAGCCACAAGGAGAGCUACGCACCCUCUCUCAUCCCACGGAGGAGACAGAGGCCAUCGAAUCGCUGUCUGCAGAUGAAUCGUUUUCUGCAGAGGACUCCGAUGCAACACCUCGAGCAAGCGCACAAGUUGGUAUCAGAAACAAUGACGAUAUAUAUGGCAGCAUAGAUGCCUCUUCAUCAUUCGUGACAGCACGAGAGGAUAUUACAAGCAGCGUGGACACGGGCCGCACGUCGUCAACUAUACAGCCCAAUGGAUCGACACCUACACUGCGGCCCAAACCCCAGAGAUCGCAACACCUGACGAUUGCCGGGCCUAGCACUGCGAGUCCCAUCGCACCAAGUUCGUCUGCAGUGCCGAGUGAAGCUGAUUCCACCACCCACUUGCUCAAAUCCAGACCGAAAAAUACGAAACGCAUGAAGAGUAAAGCCUCGGGCGUAUCUCGAUUCACACUCGACCGCCAGGAGCCUCAGAAUGAAGAUGACUCGGAACCGGAUGAUUCGAGACGCGAUGGAGUUGUACAGCGAAAGAUCACCAAGAAGAUGGCAAAAUUCAACCUAGACGACAAUGUCAUGGACAAGCAACAGAGAUUACGCUCCCGAAUUGCAAAAACACAGGGCACGAUUUCUGCAAACCGUCCACGUCGGCGUCAAGUACAGGAUGGGGAGAUCAUCAAAGUUGAAAGAAUGCUGGUUUCUGUUGAAGAGACCAUGCAAGAUACGUUGCCAGAGGAUUACACAGAAAAUGACUCCUUGAAAAUGGAAACUCGGACCGUGGAUAAGUGGCGAGAGUUUCUUGUCGUUUGUCGGAAAGGUUCAACUGAUGAUACUCCCUUUGCCUUGCAAAUGUAUCGGACUCGUGUGAUUCCCGAUGCACAGAGUCCCCACAACAAGUCAAAACCGUACCACGAAGUGCGGCUAAACCACAAAGACACCAAGGUCAACCUUUACUCGGCUCUCGACAAGACCAUAGUGAUUUGGCAUCCCUGCAGACAUGGCACCAAAAUCUACAUUGUCCGCCCAAAGUCCACAGUCCAUGCCGCCGAGUGGUAUACAUUCAUUAGGCAGAUACUAGGCUGGCGGCGUCCAAGCAAGCUCCCCAUCAACGUCCCUGAUCUGGGUGUUUCACUGGUGUUCAAACAUCCAUUUGAUCAACUAGAGGCACAGCUUGGUGUGAAGAGCAAUGACAAACGGCACACUACAAUCCUAAGUCGAGCCGCAGCUCACGAGAAGCUCGCUGCUGCUGCCAUCAUCAAAAGCUGCAUUGAAAUGCUCGAGGGUCGCCCCGAGUGGUCCGAAGUGCUCAAAACUUGGUCAAAAACAGAGAGGAUGGGCCUUGCCUGGAAGCGGUACGAUCGUCUGGAAUGGAUAUUCGGUGCCAAUGAGGAGAACAUGUACGGAUCCAUCGCCAUGCAGUCAACACACGAGCUUGAGCUUCGGCCACGAUAUCACUAUCCUACUGCAACCAAAAGUGCGGGUGCCAAAGAAGUGGAACCUCCACCAAUCGAGGGUUUUUUGAUCCGACUUACAUCACAAAAGGGGUUGCACCAACGGAUGAACAAGAUGUUCUUCAAACGACUGUAUUUCUACUCUCAAGAUCACUUUCUUCUAUUUUGUCGACCGGCCAAAGCAUAUCCACCCACACCACCAAGACUAGCUCCGCAGGAAGAAUCGAGUAUUCCAACCGCUCGUCAGAUCAUGGCAGAGAUGCCAAUUUCCUGGGACAUCGAGCCAUACCCCGUUCAGGAUGGCGAGAUUACGUGGCUGACCAAUGGAAACCCCGAAUUUGUUCAGCGGCACGACGAGGAGGCUUAUGCCCAACUGCAGAGAAAUGUGCACAAUAUCGGCCAGGCUGAUGGGUACAUUGAUCUUUGCAAAGUCCGUGCAGUUCGUAACAUGCAGUAUGGGAGCACCCCUGCGGAUCCGAACAUUUCAGAAGGACCUGCUGUGGAUUUCCACACGGAGCCCAAUGACACUCGCCGAGAUGACGGUACAACUAAGGAGUUCGAACAUGAUCGGACAUUUGAACUUGCGCUUGAGAAUGGUCUCGUGAUCCGCCUGCAAGCCUAUGAUGCCGCCACGAGAGACGAAUGGGUCAAGCGGUUAGAUGCACUGGUGAAGUACUGGAGAACACGCUGCUUCGACGACGCUACUGAGCUUCAAGCCAUGCGACAGCGGAACUUGAAGCUCUUGGAAAUCGACGAAGAAAUGGAAUCGAUCAUGGGCCAGUUUGCACAGAAGUGGGAAGUCAAAAAGGCCGAGACAUCUCCUCAUUUACACAAUAUGUGUGCGUUGUCUGGCUGUCGGCCAAUUAAGAUGUCUGGUCAACUCUACCGCAAACCCCGUCGUCACUCCACUUUUGCCAAAUGCCAUGUGAUCCUCACGUCAGGCAAACUCGUCAUCUUCCGGAGCACACUUCGCCAGCGCAAUGGCGCUGAAAUCCCGCAUAUUCACCAAGACCACGAUGCUACCAUCGACCUAAGCGACUGCUACAUCUACUCUGGUCUAGCAACCGAGGCUGAUCUGCUCUAUGCCAAUCAGACAUUCGACAGUAAUAACCCAGGCUUGCGCGCCCUCCCACGAGUCUAUCUUGCGUCAGAUACAUUCACUAGCCGCGACGAGGACUCGGCCAUCACUUUCGUUGUUUGGCAACCUUUGCGCAAGAGCUACUUCCGUGCCGAAGAAAGAGGUGCCAAGGGCAAAGCCACCCGAACUUUGCGACAUGUUUCUGCACUUGGUAAACAUGGUCGAACGAUUGUUUUCAAGGCUCGUAGCCGUGUCGAGAAGGACCGGUGGGUGUUGAGCAUCUCGUCGGAGAUUGAUCGUUUGCAGCAGGAGAAGCAGGACGAUAUUCGGAUUGUCUCUCUAUGA